AACGAGUUGGCGUGAAAGGCAAGUCGAGCGUUAAAAAAACCUCCCUGGCCAUUGGUUUCUCCAGAAAAAGGGGGCGGUGUUGGACUUCCCGACCACCGGCAGUUAUUCCCCACCAGAAGAGAGAAGGAAAGAAGAAUCGAGAGCUAGACAGAGAGAGAGAGGGAGCUAGGAAGAGCUCGCGCACAGAGAGAGAGAGAGAGAGAGCGCUGGGAGAAGACGGUGGCGUUGAGAGGGAGGAUGGAGAGGAGGAGGGCGAUGACGUGGCCGAGAGUGGGGAAAUCGGCGCAGGCGGUGCUGGCGCAUGGGAUGCUGUUCUGCUUUACGCUCUUCCUCGCUCUCAAGAUAGAUGACCGUAUCGGUUACUCAUGGUGGAUGAUAUUUUCCCCUCUUUGGAUCUUUCAUGCUGUUGUUGCACGAGGAAGGUUCUCCUUACCUGCUCCCGCAUUACCUCAUGAUCGUCAAUGGGCACCGUGCCAUACUAUUGUUGCGAUACCAUUACUUGUGGCAUUUGAGCUGCUUCUUUGUACAUUCCUUAGCCUUAGAGGGCCUGAACCCGCAGCCAUGAGCUUAAAGAUUGUUUUUCUUCCACUUUUGGCUUUUGAAGUAAUCAUUCUUCUCGACAACUUCAGAAUGUGUAGAGCUCUAAUGCCCGGAGAUGAAGAAAGCAUGAGUGAUGAAGCUAUAUGGGAGACACUUCCUCAUUUCUGGGUUGCAAUAUCGAUGGUGUUUCUUAUAGCAGCCACAACAUUCACACUGCUUAAGCUUUGCGGUGAUGUUGGUGCUCUGGGCUGGUGGGACUUAUUCAUAAAUUAUGGAAUUGCCGAAUGCUUUGCUUUCCUUGUUUGUACCAAAUGGUCUAAUCCAUUGAUACAUGGACGGGGGUAUUUUCCAGAAACUAGUUCAUCUUCUUCAACAAUUCGAUAUCGUGAUUGGAACAGUGGUUUGAUGUUUUCUUCAAUGGAAGAUCAAGAGCAGGAUAGGUUAUGUGGCCUGCAAGAUAUAGGAGGCCAUAUUAUGAAAAUUCCAAUUGUAGCUUUUCAGAUUUUGUUGUGCAUGAAACUAGAGGGAACACCACCAUCAACUAAAGAGAUGCCAAUUUUAGCUCUCUUCUCUCCACUUUUUCUUCUGCAAGGGGCUGGUGUCUUGUUUGCCAUAUCAAAGUUGGUGGAGAAGCUUGUUCUUCUUUUUCGCAGUGGAUCACUGAAUGGGCGGUAUGUCACAAUCUCAUCGAGAGCUCAAGACUGCUUUGCUUUCCUACAUCAUGGCUCAAGAUUGCUCGGAUGGUGGUCCAUUGAUGAAGGAAGCAAAGAAGAACAAGCACGGCUUUAUCAUGCUGAAACAAUUGGGUAUAAUACUUUUCAGGGCUAUCCACCCGAGGUGGUGAAGAAAAUGCCAAAGAAAGAUCUUGCAGAAGAGGUCUGGAGACUACAAGCAGCUUUGGGUGAACAAUCUGAGAUCACUAAGUACAGCCAACAGGAGUAUGAAAGGCUUCAAAAUGUAUCAUCUUUAACCUACCAAUUAGUUGACAUGCUAGCAAAUGAUUGUCACUCACCAUAUUUGUUAGUUAUAUUUACUUAA